UCAUAAACUUAUAAUUACCAAUAAAAUCUGUCAUUGAUCUUCAUCAGGGUCGCUGCCAUGGCUUCAGUAUCCAGCAAACUUCACUUUGUCUUUAUGCCGUUAAUGGCACAAGGCCACAUGAUCCCCAUGAUAGACAUGGCGAGGCUUUUUGCAGAGCGAGGAGUGAAGGUCAGCUUGGUCACGACUCCUCAUAAUGCUUCACGAUUUGAUAAAAUUGUUUCUCGAGCAAUAGAAUCAAACCUGGAAAUUCAGCUCGUACAAAUUCCUUUUCCAUGCCAGGAAGUAGGCCUCCCUAUAGGUUAUGAAAAUCUCGACACACUCCCAUCGCGAGAUCUGUUGAGCAAAUUUUAUAUAGCACUUGCUAUGCUACAAGAAUCAUUGGAACGGUUCCUGGAAAACCAGAAGCUGCAUCCUCCAAGCUGCAUAAUAUCGGAUAAGUGCCUUUCCUGGACGUCCGAAACCGCUCAAAAGUUCAAGAUUCCGAGGAUUGUUUUUCACGGGAUGUGUUGCUUCUCAUUAUUGAGCUCUCAUAAUAUAUUGCUACAUAAUGCUCACCGUUCCGUGUCUUCGGAUACCGAACCUUUUGUGGUUCCAGGGAUGACAAAAAGGAUUGAGGUAACAAAGGCCCAGCUUCCAGGGGCGUUUGUGAGUAUACCCUAUUUGGAUGGUGUUCGCAAUAAGAUGAGAGAGGCAGAAUCAUCCGCUUACGGCGUUGUGGUAAAUAGUUUCAGCGAAUUGGAGCAUGGUUGCGUCGAGGAGUACGAGAAGGCGAUUGGGAAAAAAGUUUGGAGCAUUGGUCCAGUUUCGUUAUGUAAUAAGGAGAAUCUAGACAAGUUUGAGAGAGGAAACAAAGCUUCAGUUGAUGAGAAACAAUGCCUGGAAUGGCUCAACUCAAUGAAGGAAAGGUCGGUUAUAUACGCUUGCCUUGGGAGCCUAUGCCGCUUAGUUCCAUCACAACUGAUUGAACUGGGGCUGGGAUUAGAAGCAUCAGGAAAACCCUUUAUUUGGGUUGUUAAAACAGGAGCUGAGCUAGAGAAAUGGUUUUCGGAAGAAGGAUUUGAGGAAAGGAUAAAAGGAAGUGGACUUCUGAUAAAGGGUUGGGCGCCUCAAGUGUUUAUAUUAUCUCAUCCAGCAAUUGGAGGAUUUUUAACCCAUUGUGGUUGGAACUCAACAAUAGAAGGGAUUUGCUGUGGAGUGCCGUUGAUAACUUGGCCUUUGUUCGCUGAGCAGUUCUUUAAUGAAAAGUUGAUAGUGGAGGUGUUAGAGAUUGGAGUUAGAGUAGGUGUUGAAAUUACUGUGAGAUGGGGGGAGGAAGAGAAAGUUGGAGUAUUGGUGAAGAAAGAUGAAGUCGAGAAAGCUUUAAAUAUGGUGAUGGAUGGAGGAGAAGAAGGGGAAAAGAGAAGAGAGAGAUCAAAAGAACUUCAAGUGAUGGCGAAAAGAGCGAUGGAAAAGGGUGGAUCUUCAUAUUUAAACUUGUCACUUCUAAUUCAAGAUAUUAUGGAGCAAUUCACACCAUGCCUGAGUUAAAGAGUUAGAAAAAGAAGCUGAAAGUGGUGUUCAUAUGUACUGUGUUAGUGAUUAGAACAAGUUUGAGAAAAUUUAGUCUUAAUUGUUUCCUAUUUUAAUUAGAAAUUAUACUUUAGGGGUUUAGGGUAAUAAGUUUGUCAUAUUUAUUUGA